UUAUCACAAAAUUUGAAAUCAAAAUAUUAUAGUAAAAAUGUUAUUUUCUGAUUUAUGAUAAAAAAUCUUCAUGAUACCGAGAUCAUGAAGUGCAAUUGAAUCAUCGACGACUAAUUUACAACUUUAUAGCUUACGCUGAUACAAAUAAUAAUUAUGGAAUUUGAAAAUGCUCCAACAUUGGAAGAACGUCAAUUGGUUACAUUUAUAAAUCAUUUUAUAAUAACUUCAGUCACAUUCCUAAAUAAUUUUAUGGUUCAUUGUGAUAGCAAACUUAUGGAAGUAGAACAGAGACUUCAAAAAGUAGCUGCAACAUUGUGUAUUUUAGAGACAAAAUUAAAUUCUAUCCCGGAUUUACGAGAAAUUGAAGAAAAGCAAACCUAUCAUUCAAAUGAAACUAUAAAAACUGAAAUAAAUGAAAAUUUAAAAAUUGAAGAAAAAGAAAAUUCUUUAAAAAAAGAAGAAACAUUAUUAGACAAAAAUAAUUUUUCUGAUAAUUCUGAAGAAAAAGUUUCUACCAGUGAUCCAGUUAUACUAAAAUAUCGCAAAAUGUUACAUGUUGGUGUACCAAGGGGUGCUGUUGAACUAAAAAUGUUACAAAGUGGUUUAGAUCCAAAAUGUUUAUAAUCAGUUAUUGUUAUGUUAUAUUUUUAUUUUAUUUUUUUACUUGUUGAAACAUAUAUAUUUAAAAAUUUUUUAUAAUUUUGAAACCAAAGUAAAAGUAUUAAUAAUAUUUA